AUGAGCAGCGUGAAUGAAGUACGAUUAGCUACGUUCAUGAAAGCCUAUAAAUUCAGCGACACCCAAGAACAGCUUAAACUACAGUCGACAAGUUUUGAUGGAUCCAUAUUACCCCCAUGUAAAGUGGAGCUACAACAACAAAUUCAGAGGGCUAUUUAUAUUUCCAGUGUGUGGUGUAAUGCACACUUCCAACAUCCAACGUUGCUAUCUCCUACAGAUUGUGGAUGGCAAGAAGUUGAUAAUAAGCUGGAGUUCUUAUGGUUUGAAGGUGAUCAGUUACCAACUUCGAUCAGCGACAUUAUUAUUGAUAAAGUUUCUGAAACCAACGACGCAGGUAAUAAUAAUAUUUUCUGUAGUGAAUACAAUAUGCCGCAUUUCUGGAUUAAAAAGACGAAACGAGUAGUUCCUCCGCCUGACGUUAUGCAAACAGCUGUUGAAGAGGUUCUUGCGGGAGCAAAAUUACGCCCAACUGCAAGGAAAUAUGAUAUAGACAAGGAAACCCUUAACAGAUAUGUGAAGAAAAGGUCCUUGGUUGCUCCUGCAGAUAACAUUGCUUACUCACCUGAUUUUAAAACUGCAUUAGUGUUCACCCAUGAAGAAGAGGCUCUCCUAUCAGAUUAUCUAGUCCGUGCUUCGCAAAUGCAUCAUGGAUUAACAGUCACAUGUGCACGUCAACUGGCCUUUCAAUUUGCUAGGGCCAACCAUAAAAGAUAUUCUAAGAAAUGGGAUGAAAAAUUCAUUGCCGGCUACGAUUGUCCCGAAAUUUUAAGACCACUUCCGAAGGCAGGUCCCCGAAAGCAGAUUACAAGGCCAAAACGUGGUUCCUCAAGAAUUCUUACAGACACGCCAGAGAAAGAUGCUAUAGAGGCUGAAGCAAGUGCUCGAAAGAUGAAAAAAGUGGUUCCGUUGAAGCAUGGCAACCUUUUUUUAGAGAAGAAAAAAUCUGUACAGAAACCUGCAACUCCACCUCAGUCUUCUUCAAGUGAUGAAGAGGAACAAAUUCAGUCGGGCGGGAGCAGCGAAGAUGUUUCAGAUGUUGAAAGCUACGAAAGAGAAAUGCUUCAAAUGAAGGCUCUUGAGGAUCUCAAGACUCUCCAAGCAGGAGACUUUGUUUUGGUUAAGUUUUGCACAAAAACUUCAAUUGUCCAUUAUGUGGGUCAACAAGAUCAAAAGCUUUUCGAAACUGAAGAGAUUCUCACUCAAAAAGUAAUAGAAGGCUGAUACAAUAUGCCGCAUUUCUGGAUUAAAAAGACGAAACGAGUAGUUUCUCCGCCUGACGUUAUGCAAACAGCUGUUGAAGAGGUUCUUGCGGGAGCAAAAUUACGCCCAACUGCAAGGAAAUAUGAUAUAGACAAGGAAACCCUUAACAGAUAUGUGAAGAAAAGGUCCUUGGUUGCUCCUGCAGAUAACAUUGCUUACUCACCUGAUUUUAAAACUGCAUUAGUGUUCACCCAUGAAGAAGAGGCUCUCCUAUCAGAUUAUCUAGUCCGUGCUUCGCAAAUGCAUCAUGGAUUAACAGUCACAUGUGCACGUCAACUGGCCUUUCAAUUUGCUAGGGCCAACCAUAAAAAAUAUUCUAAGAAAUGGGAUGAAAAAUCCAUUGCCGGCUACGAUUGUCCCGAAAUUUUAAGACCACUUCCGAAGGCAGGUUCCCGAAAGCAGAUUACAAGGCCAAAACGUGGUUCCUCAAGAAUUCUUACAGACACGCCAGAUAAAGAUGCUAUAGAGGCUGAAGCAAGUGCUCGAAAGAUGAAAAAAGUGGUUCCGUUGAAGCAUGGCAACCUUUUUUUAGAGAAGAAAAAAUCUGUACAGAAACCUGCAACUCCACCUCAGUCUUCUUCAAGUUAUGAAGAGGAACAAAUUCAGUCGGGCGGGAGCAGCGAAGAUGUUUCAGAUGUUGAAAGCUACGAAAGAGAAAUGCUUCAAAUGAAGGCUCUUGAGGAUCCCAAGACUCUCCAAGCAGGAGACUUUGUUUUGGUUAAGUUUUGCACAAAAACUUCAAUUGUCCAUUAUGUGGGUCAAGUAAUAUCAAAGCACGAUGAUGAAUACGAAAUUAAAUUUUUGCGUCGUCACGGAACCACCUGGAAAUUUGUUUAUCCACCAAUAGAAGAUUUAUCUUCAGUUCAAGAACAAGACAUUCUUUUGAAAUUACCGUUUCCAAAAAAUGUGGGUGGAACAGAAAGAGUCAAAUCUACAUUGACGUUUGGUUUGGACUUUCGUCAUUAUAAAAAUGUUCGUUAA